GGGGCAUACAGAGACAGUCAGGGGGCAGGCGGUGCUUCGAGAGUUAACACCGCCGUGAUAAGUUGGCUUUCUUGCUGGGAAUCGGCUGGAAAAGUGUCCAGUUGUGUUUACACCGAGCGAAUUUUAACUUUAACUUGGUAAAAAUGAGAAUUUCGCCCCUGCUGUCGUUUUCUGGGAUCUUUGUCUGUGCACUUUUCCCUCUGGUUAUCUGUAAGGAGCAACGAAUCCCCGACGGGAAGCUCCUAGUUGUGACAGUUGCAACCAAAGAGACUGAUGGCUUCAAGCGUUUUUUGAGGUCGGCUAAAAAUUUUAACUACACUGUCAAGGUUCUUGGUCAGGGUCAGAAAUGGAAUGGAGGCGACUAUAUGUCGGCUCCAGGAGGAGGCCAGAAAGUACAACUCCUUAAAGUAGCUCUGGAGAAGAUGAAGACUGAGGACAAAAUCAUCCUUUUCAUUGACAGCUACGAUGUGGUUUUCGCUUCGGGCCCCAAAGAGCUGCUCAAGAAGUUCCAGCAGGCCAGACACAAGGUGGUGUUCUCCUCUGAGAGCCUCAUCUGGCCGGACAGACACCUUGAGGACAAACACCCCCAUGUCAUCGAGGGCAAUAGGUUCCUAGGCUCAGGAGGUUUCAUUGGCUACCUCCCCAACAUUAAAGAAAUGAUUGCUGACUGGACAGGAAAAGACAGUGACAGUGACCAGCUGUUCUUCACUAAGAUGUACAUUGAUGCAGUGAAAAGGAAAUCCAUAAAUAUCACACUGGACAGCAAAUGCAGAUUGUUCCAGAACCUUCAUGGAGCCCUCGACGAAGUGGUGCUGAAGUUUGAGGAUGGACGGGUACGAGCCAGGAAUGUUCUGCAUGACACCCUACCUGUCAUCAUCCAUGGGAACGGACCAACGAAGCUCCAGAUCAACUACCUGGGUAACUACAUCCCCAACACAUGGACAUUUGAGACAGGAUGCACAGUGUGUCAUGAGGACCUCCACCCACUGACAGCUCUGAAGGAGAGUGAGUACCCUCUGGUGGUUAUUGGCAUCUUCAUUCAGCAGCCCACCCCUUUUGUGACAGUGUUCUUUGAGCGCCUACUGAAGCUCCAGUAUCCAAAGAACAGACUUAAACUCUUCAUCUACAACAAGGAAGCUCAUCAUGAGCAACAGGUCAGCUCUUUCCUGAAGGAUCAUGGAAGCCUUUAUCAGGAGGUGAAGUUCAUCAGGCCUGAAGAGGAGAUGGAUGAAGCUGCCUCCCGCAACCUGGGCUUUGAUAUGUGCCGGAAGGACCAGGACUGUGACUAUUUCUUCAUGUUGGACAUUGAAGUGGUCUUAAAGAAUGAGAACACACUUAAAAUUCUCAUUGAACAAAACCUUCCUAUUGUGGCACCGAUGAUAACUCGAGCUGGUCGACUGUGGAGCAACUUCUGGGGAGCCUUGAGUGCAGAGGGCUACUAUGCCCGAUCUGAGGACUACGUGGACAUUGUUCAAGGACGCAGAGUGGGUGUGUGGAAUGUCCCAUAUGUGUCCAGUGUGUUCCUGGUGAAGGCCAGCCUCCUUCGAUCAGAACUCAAAGACUACGAGCUGUUUAGCUCACACCUCUUAGACCCUGACAUGGCUUACUGCCACAACAUUCGCAGCAAGGGAAUCUUCAUGUAUGUUACCAACAUGCACACUUUCGGGCGCAUCCUGUCAGCAGAAAACUAUGAGAUGAGCCAUCUUCAUAACGAUCUGUGGCAGAUCUUUGAAAACCCAAUGGACUGGCAGGAGCGCUUCAUUCAUGAGAACUACACCCACAUCAUGAAAGACAAGCUGAUUGAAACCCCUUGUCCUGAUGUGUACUGGUUCCCAAUUUUCACUGAUGUUGCUUGUAACCACCUGGUUGAAGAAAUGGAACAUCAUGGGGAGUGGUCAGGAGGACGCAACGUGGACACCAGAAUCCAAGGUGGCUAUGAAAACGUCCCCACAAUCGAUAUCCACAUGAAUCAAAUCAAUUUUGAAAAGGAAUGGCACAAAUUCUUACUGGAAUACAUUGCACCAGUAACAGAGAAAAUGUAUCCCGGUUACUACACCAAGGCUCAGUUUGACUUGGCCUUUGUAGUUAGGUAUAAACCAGAUGAGCAGCCGUCUUUGAGACCACACCAUGAUGCCUCCACAUUCACUAUAAACAUUGCACUCAACCAAGUGGGCCUUGAUUACCAGGGUGGUGGAUGCAGGUUUCUCCGCUACGACUGCUCCAUUCAGGCUCCUCGCAAAGGCUGGGCCCUCAUGCACCCAGGCCGCCUCACCCACUACCAUGAAGGCCUGCCGACCACCUCCGGUGUUCGGUACAUCGCAGUCUCCUUUGUGGAUCCCUGAAAUUCCAAAGAUGGCACACAUCACCACCUUGUCAAGACCAAACAGGACACACACUGGCCGCAUCCUUCAGCAUCACAACUGCUCUUUAGCUUCUGAUGUUAGUUUUAAUGUCCAGAAUGAUAUUGUUUCUGCCUUGCUUAAAUAAGUAUACACAAUUUAUAACUCUGAUCACCCGAUUAUCAGGAGAAUAUCAGUGCUGUUUGAUGAACCAUAAAACACAGAUGCAUAACAGAACAAGAACAUAUAAUGAACAUGUUAUCACCAGGUUAGAGAACUGGUGCAAAAGUAACACUUCAUUCACGUCUCCACAGAUGAGAUCUUUUCACACAAUGUUUAUGACCAACACAUGUCAUCUGUCAAACACAGUUUUCUUUUCAGAAUUUGAUAGCAUUAUAGCUAUAACUCAAACAAAAGCAGACCUUAGCAAAGUUUUACUAAUGUAGUCAAGGCCCCAGGGCCCAGGACCUCCAGUGCUUUGAAAGGCUGAAGUUAACUUGUUGGUUCAUCGUAUUGUGACUGAUUUUUAUGAAUGUGCAUCACUUCAUCACAGCAUCAACUGAAAUGAUAAGGCAGUGGUUAUUACAUCCUGUGUAUCAUAA